AUGUCUCAACAACCGGAUUCCUCCUCUCCCAAGAAGUUGUCCCCCAUCUCUGAACCUGAAUCUGUCUCAAGGGCUGAACCUGUCAACCCUAACCAGGUGAAGAAGCCUCGUACUCCACAUGCAAGAAUACCCAAAGAAACUAUUUCUGUCAUUAGGAUCUUGGAUGAAAAACAUAAGGUUCUUGGGACAUCCAUCCCUCUAAACACUGUGAUUCCUGAACCCCAUUUGAACAAAGAACCUGAUGUCCCUCAAGAUGUGGAAACAACGGAAGAUUCCUUAGGAAAGAAGGAUGAUGAUGUUCCAAUUGGUGUUGAUGAUGUCCCAAUUGAUGAUGAUGAUGUACAACAUGCUUAUGCUGUGCACAAUGAUGGUGAAAAUGUUGAUGUUACUCAGGAGGUUAAUGACAAUGCUGAAACUGGCACUGAUAUUGAAAAAGGGAAGAAGGCAGUUGUCCAAAGUACUCCCAAGAGGAAAGUUGUUCCUAAAAGUACUUCUGUUGGACCCACAAAAUCUUGGAGUAAGGUGGUUCCCAAGAAAAUAAAAGCCAGAGUAAUUGCUGACUCUGACUCUGAUGUUGCUAGUGAUGUCCCUGACAUCCCUCCCAAGAAGAAGCCUACUUCUAGCAAGCUUGUUGUUAGAGUCCCUGAUGUGCCCAUAGACAACAUUUCCUUCCAUUCUACUUCAAGUGUCAACAGGUGGAAAUAUGUCUACCAAAAGAGACUGGCCCUUGAGAGAGAAUUAGCUCAGAAUGAUCUUGAAUACAAAGAGAUAAUGGAGUUGAUUCAUGAUGCUGGGUUGAUGAAGAUUGUUGCUCAUUUUGCAACAUGCUAUGAAGUGCUGGUGAAAGAGUUUAUUGUGAACCUGUCAGAAGAGUGUACUGAUAGAAAGUCUAAGGAGUUUAAGAAGGUAUAUGUGAGGGGCAUGUGUGUUACUUUUUCCUCCACUAUGAUCAAUAACUAUUUGGGGAGGUCUGAUGAAGCUCAACCUGAGCUGGAAGUAUCUGAUAACAAGGUGUGCCAAGUUAUCACUGCCUUGCCUACGCUCAAUUAA